AUGCCCCCGCCGAGCUCCGACGACUUGCAUCCACCAUCACACCAGUCAUCGGGAGAGAAGCCGUUGCGGAGUGCGAUCGACGUCGUCGAGGCGUCGUCCCGGCGCCGCCCACAACCCGCUAGCUGCUAUCUCACUGUCCACAAAGUCCAGCACUUGGCCAAGUAUGGACUUUCAUAUGCCGAGGAGAACGAUCCCCACAUGAAAAAAGUAAAAUAA